AUGAUGGGCCUUUUGAGUAUUUUGAAAAAGUUGCGUUCGAAUCCUGAAAAGGAGCUACGUCUGUUAUUACUCGGCUUGGACAAUGCAGGUAAAACGACGAUAUUAAAACAACUAGCAUCCGAAGAUGUGUCUCAUGUUACUCCGACGGCUGGAUUUAAUAUAAAGUCCGUGUUAUCCAACGGUUUUAAGUUGAAUGUUUGGGAUAUCGGUGGACAGAGGAAAAUAAGACCGUACUGGAGGAAUUACUUCGAGAAUACAGAUAUUUUGAUUUAUGUCGUAGACUGUUCUGAUCAUCAAAGACUUGAAGAGACAAGUCUUGAAUUGGCUGAGUUAUUGCAAGAUGAAAAGUUACGAGGUGUACCUUUACUUGUAUAUGCUAAUAAACAGGACCUAGCUACAGCCCUUCCAGCCAGUGAAAUAGCUCAGCUGCUUGGUCUACAUUUAAUCAGGGACCGCACUUGGCAGAUUCAAGCGUGUGUCGCCACUGACGGGACUGGCAUUAAGGAAGGAAUGGAAUGGGUGUGCAAGAAUAUUCCAGCUAAGAAGUAA